GCCAUGACCCGGCUGAUGUUGGGCCGGACUCUGGAGCGCAUCUGUAAAGGCGUCCUGCUGCUCUGCCUGCUCCACUUCCUCAUCAUGAUGAUCCUGUACUUCGACGUCUACUCUCAACGCUUCGACCUCUUCAGCCGCUUCAACAACGGACGCAACGGAUCCAGGAAUAACGUCAGUGGAGCAGCAGGGGGCGGACAUCAUUAUUACUAUUACAACCUUUCCAGGCCAAAUGCAACGUUAGCCAGCUACCUGGCCACGGGCGAGCAGCUGGUGCCGACAGUGCAGCCAGAGACCAAUCAAACGCCUUCCCCGAAGCCGCUGCCGCCGUGCCCUGAGAACCCGCCCGGCCUCGUGGGGCGUUUGUUGAUCGAGUUCAGCUCCCAGAUGACGAUGGAACGAGUGCAGAAAGAAAACCCCAAUGUGACGGAGGGAGGACGCUACACCCCUCCCGACUGUCGGCCUAGAUGGAAGGUGGCCAUCAUUAUCCCGUUCCGUCACAGGGAAAACCACCUGAAGUACUGGCUCCACUACCUCCACCCUAUCCUCAGACGGCAGAGGAUUGACUACGGCAUCUACAUCAUCAACCAGUUGGGCGAGGACACUUUCAACCGGGCCAAGCUGUUGAAUGUUGGCUACACGGAGGCUCUGAAGGACGCAGAGUACGACUGCUUCAUCUUUAGUGAUGUGGACCUGAUCCCAAUGGACGACCGCAACCUUUACCACUGCUACGACCAGCCAAGACACUUCGCCAUCGCCAUGGACAAGUUUGGCUUCAGGCUGCCCUAUGCAGGCUACUUUGGAGGAGUUUCAGGCCUCAGUAAAAAACAGUUUCUGAAGAUCAAUGGCUUCCCCAACGAGUACUGGGGCUGGGGAGGAGAGGACGACGACAUCUACAACAGGAUCACUCUGAACGGGAUGAAGGUGUCCAGGCCAGACGUUCGCAUUGGCCGCUACAGAAUGAUUAAACACGAGAGAGACAAACACAACGAGCCCAAUCCACAGAGAUUCAAUAAAAUACAGAACACAAAGAACACGAUGAAGAAGGAUGGCAUCAGCUCUCUGACCUACAGACUGGUUCAGGUCAAGAGGUAUCCUCUGUACACAAAUAUCUCUGUGGAGAUCGGCAAGCCACCACCCCGGCCUCUUAAAGGCUAGAAAGAGACAGAGAGGAAGAUGAUGCACAUUGACUGGAGGGAAAAGAUGGAAAGAGGAGAGUUUAAAAGGACAUGAAGAGAAAACGUAUCUGGAAAAAUACUGGAGGAAUUGGAGGGGUGAAGGGGAAAGUAGUCACACGCACAUCCCUGUCUAUUUCUCUCUUUUUACCCCUUCUCUUUUUUUGAGAUUUCAGCUUGCCAUUUCUGUAUCCAGGACUCAGGCUCUUUCCACCUACAACUUUUCUUCAAGAAGCCAGUGGCUUCACACCUCCUACCUUUUCCAAUCAGUGACUUCAGAAUUAGAAUCUGGACCAAAGUUCGAGUAACAGUGGCUGACCAAAGGUUGGCAUCCAGCUUCAAAACUUGGGAGUUUUUCAAUCCUUUGUAAACUGAAGGGGCCUCCAAAGGCAUAUCAACAGAGGACACUGACAGGAACUAUUGUUGGGUAAUUAAAAGAUGAGACAAUAUUAUCAAGUCACACUUUCGAAAGUUUUCACGGCAAAUUCUGGAAAUGAUGGACAGCAUCCAGAGGGAUUUCCAGAGGAAAGUUUCGAUGGAGGUGAUACAAACCAAUGACUGGCCAUGAGAAAAAUGGGCUGUUUACAUGGAUACUAAGACGGUGUGAAACAAGAUGCAGUACCUGCGGGUUGGGAAAUUAAGUUUCAGGGGAAUAAUAAACCUGGCGGAUCAAGGAUUUGACAAAGGCCAUCAAGGAAUUCACUUCCUAACCAUUUCCGGUGAAGGACAGUAGAGAAAGGAUUGCCAUUGGAGGCAAGCUGUAAUAUUUACAUAAUAUAAUGAUAUGCAGUGUUAAUCCAUGGAACUGUAUCAGAAGGUUUGCUUAUCAGAGAUAUCAUCUGACGCUUAUCUUGACAUAUGAUGCUAAUAGAUGAUUAAUAUUGAUAUUUUUCAUCAGGGAGUCACCUGUUUGGAUCUAAUUACUCAAUCAAAUCCUCCGCACUUAAUGAAUGUGUAUUGUGCCGGCAUCUACAGCAGAAGACACAGUGCUGGGACACGCUAAUAAAACAUGUUCGUCAGCAGCAACAAACACCUGAGAACCCUCUUUUUGUUCUCUU